AUGUCGGAAAUUCUAAAUGCAUUUGGUGCGAUAAGUACAGCAAUUUCGGAAGGUUUCUGGCUGGUCACCUCGUCAGAGGAUGUGUCAUCAGCUUUUGAUCGAAUGCAGAAAAUGAGAAUUGAAUUGUUGACGUACGCAUCCAAAGUGCAAGAAUAUAUCGAGGAAACAGAUCGUUUGUGUACGGAAGGCGCAGAAUUUCUCACGCCGGAUCAAUUUAAUAGUCUAAAAGAGUAUCGAAAUAAACUUGAAACAAACUACAAUCAACUUUUGCAGCAUGUCGAUGUCAUUUUUCCAAGGUUGAACGUUUUAACAAAGCUGUUGCUGAAAUUUUCAAAUGAAUCAGGUCUGCUGCAUUCAUUUCUAAAUGAAAAAACCAGAGAAUUAACCAUUAUCAGAGCCGAAAGUGGUGACUCGCAAGUGUUUCAAGCGUCACGCCAGAAAGCUAAAGCAGUACUGGAUGAAGUGGUGGCUGCAAAAGAACAUUUGAAAGACAUUUUCACGCUAUCUACACGUAUACAAUCCGAAAUUGAUGGUUAUGUGACCGAAAUGCGUUCACAAUAUCCCAGUGCUCAGUUUCCGUCCAUAGAUACGCAUGAAUUAAUGGGUGCUAUUUCUAGGUUGCAGACUGAUUACGAUAUUUUACUUCGAAAUUGUCAUGAAUUAUCCGCAUAUUUGAGUCAGCUGAAGUCACUGGUAGUGACGCAUACGCAAAAUGUAGAAAAUCUAAACGAGUCAAUCACAGGUUUAGAGAGAAAAAUUUCUGAAACGGAAAGCAUUUUGCGAAGCACAAAUACCAUGGAUGGUGGCUCCAUCAUAUUAUCUGAGUUGGAAACAUUGCACCAUGUCUCAUUCGAACAGACAGGAAAAAUUGAAACUGUUACACGAUCCGCUGUAGAUCUUAGCAAUGCACUUAUGGGCACUGAUGCUCAUGAACGUAUCUCGCGUGAAAAUCAGCGUCAUAUUGAGGAACUUAUACGAAGGAAAACUCGUGCUCAAAAAAGGAUUGAGGAAAAUAUUGAUUUAUGGCGGAGUAAGUUAGCAAAAAUGGAAGGAAUUCGUGAAGGUGUGAUGAAUAUAAUAAUCUGGUUAGAUGAAGAAAAUAAGCGGUACUCGGAACCUAUUUCAUUACCUCUCUAUGUAGACAAAUUAACUGAAUUGCGACAUCAGAAUGAGUUGCGACAACGUGAAAUUUCGUCACGUCGAAAAGUGCUUACCGAUUUGGCAGCAGAUGCUCAAAAAAUAGCAGCAGCUAAUCCGGAUUCAGUAGCUAGCCGACAGAUGCUAAGUGAUUGUAACGAUGCUCAGAGAAAAUUCGCGACAUUAUUCGCGAUUUCGAAGGCUUGGGCUGAUAACAUUACGGAACUGACCACAGCUCUAACUGAUUUCAACGAUAUGGAAACAUCGAUUAACGAGAAAUUAUUAUUGUUGAAUGAGAAGUUAUCCAACAUUUCACUGACAGAUAUAAGUUCACUGAGUGAAAUUUCCAAUGAACUGAAGCAUUUAGCACAAGGCGAAUGGAAAGAAAUGGAAAGUAAAUGCAGAUGGAUUUUUGCCGUACCUAACAUUGUUGGAGACAAUUGUUUGGAAAAAAAUGUUACUCAUACCGAUAAUGCGAUCAAAAAAUGUGUUUCUCGAGUUGAGGAAUUUAUUGGUCAUGGAUGUGAAAUUAAAAAACUGUGUAAAACAUCUAAUGAACUGAAAAGCAAACUUACUGCAAAUCUAGAAGAUAUUGAAGCGAAAGCUCAAGUUCUGGAAAAAUGUUCGUUGAAUCCGAUAGAUUUGGCUAAGCAACGUUCAACAUGUCAGCAGUUGCAAAUGGAAUAUCAAAAUUGUCGCUCUGAAUUUGAAACACUUAGUGAAACUAUUUCUAAAUUGGUUGAAGCUGAAAGCAUUACGAGCAUGAAAAUAAAGGGAACUGUUGAACAAUCUGAGCAAGUUCAAGGAACACUACGUGAAAUGUCUUCCUUGCAGCAAAAAUAUACUGCUUUGGGCUCUUUUCUGCGAUUAAAAGAUGAAAAGAUCAGUAUGGAUAGCGCGAAGUUAUCAGAUUGGGACUUACAGCGAGAUAGUCUUGCCCGCUGGAUCAACAAUGAAAGCAAACGAUUGAAUACGGACUGUCCUAUAAUAUUUGUUAACGACGUUGUUCGUACGAAUAUUUCAAAGGCAAAACGGCUGGAAGAAAUUCUCAAAGAGAAACAAUUAGAAAUGGAGGAAAUUCGAAGCAAGGCACGUUUAUUGAUAAGUGAACCGUCUGUUCCGGGAACUGCCGAUAUUGUGAACUCUCAGAGAGCUCUUGAAUCUGAUUGGGAGAAAUUGGAUCAAGCGGUAUCAGCAUUGAAGGAGUGGAAUGAAUACGCGGAGUUGCUGUUUGAAGGGAUAACAAGUCUUGACAAAUGGUUGACACAAAAGGAACGGAUGAUGUCGGCCAUUGGAACUGUUAAUAUUGACCCUAAAGUUAUUGACAAUCAGCUUAUACAAACUGAGUUGCUUCGAGGUGAGUUGGAAGAUCAGGGUGCAGCCCGAAGUAAAGUGAAUGAAUUGGCACAUAAUUUAGUGGCCAGAAGCACAACUCCAUCAAACGCACAGCAGAUUGUCAUGCAGGUGGACACAUUAAAUCGCCAGUGGGUUUCAUUUCAUGAUAAAUUGGAAAAGAAGAAAAUAACUCUUCAAAAAGUUAAAGAACUUGGUUCGAAUUUUUCUAGCAAGCAGCGAGAUGUGAAAAUGCAACUGAUUGGCGUUGCGGAAGCAAUAGAACAAUUAAGUCGUUCGCCACUAACAUCUAAAAGCGACGUUGAUGAGCAAUUGAAAGUUCUGAAUGCAUCAAGUAUACGAUCAUCCGAAAUAGUUCCACAGUUAGAUGAACUGAAAGAGCUUGUAAAUUUAAUCUGCGAGAUAACGCAAGAUCAUAGCUUGCAAACGGAUAUACGCGAGCAGCUAAAUACAACGUUGCAAACUGCCCAAGAAUUAAAUAAGAAAAUAGAAAGUAUGAAAGUAGCAGCAACAAAUACAAAGGAUGAAGAAGGCCAAACUGUGACAGAGGUCGAAGCAGCAAUAAAGUGGAUAAAAGAUAUGCGGGAGCAGCUUUCUGAUUUGGGUCCUUUAUCAGUUAAUUCUACAGAACUCAAUGAACAGCGAGCAGCAAUUGGAAAAAUUUACAGUGUUGUGUUGGAUAUGGAAGGCGACAUUACCUUGCUAAGAGCAAAACUGAUGAAUCAGAUGAAAAAAAUGCGAUGUCCGAAACAAAAAGCAACUCUUGAUAAUCUCUCUGCCGUUUGGAAUCCAUUAUUGGAAGAAACUAAAAUAAAACAUGCAAAUGCUGAGCGAGCUUCUGAUCUUAUACAUCAGUUGGAAACUUUACUGAAGUCUCUAACGGUGCAAGUAGAUGAGAAUCGAUUAAGGUUAAACGAAAUCUCAGGAAGCAAGGACAGUGAUAUAGCUAACUUAACUGCUAUGAAACAAGAAGUUGACAAGCAUGAAUUUGAAAUUGCUCUGUUGGAAACUUUGUUGCAUAAAUUGGAAGUAAUCACAACUGGACCAUCACUGAAAAAGCUUGGUAGAGAAGUGGAAAAUGUAACUGGAGAUUUGAGAGCAUUGCUGAAAGAUGUCAAUAAUAUUUUGCAGAAGGCACAAAUAUCGAAGGGUAUCCAAAAGCAAUUUUCAAAAAAGAAAGAAGAAGCGCAAAUUGUGUUAGAUGCAGCGAAAGAAACAGCUGAAAGUUUGAAAAGAGCUGACAGCAUUUCAUCAAUUACAAAAGAAGUUCUGUUGAAAACUAUCGAUGAUCUUGAGAAUAAAUGGCACAAAAAAGAACGAGAAUUACAUGCGGCUUUGAAAGAUGUCGAAGGAGUUAUUACUCAUGAAGAAACUGAAAAUCUUCAUAAGGAUGUGCUUAAAAUGGGUGAUGAAUAUGCCGAAGUAGUAACACUUAUCCAGGGUUUACAUCUUGAAAUGAAAAAGAGAGACGAAAUACUGGAUAUCGUGAGACAAAAAAUCAGCUUGCUAAGUGCUGAGAUCCGGCAUGUAAAUGAAGAUUCUUUGCCUCCGAUUGAACGCAAUGUUGCAGAAUUAGAACGACAGAGUAGGGUUUGUGAUGAAUUGUUGAAAAAUAAUGCUGAAAAAGAAAAGGUUUUGGACGAAUUGACAUUGGAAUGGCAGCAGGUUUGUAGCAGCAGCAGCACUUUCACUCAAACGGCACAAAAAAGUGCAUUGAUGCAACAAGUAAGCGAAAUCAGAGAAGAUCUCAACAAACAACGUGCUGCUAUCAUGCAACGCAAACGUGUUAUUGGGAACACGCUUUUGGCUGCACAAGAAUUUGUUUGCAAAGCAGAAGCCUUAAGAGAUGAAUUUGAAAAGCUUGCAAAUGAUGAUGUGUUAAAAGGACCUGUUCAAACUGAAUUAAAUAUUCUUCGGAUGGAGCAGGAGAAAUUGAGAAUUUUUCGUGAAAAAGUACGGCCUGCUAAUAAAAAUUAUGCUACAGUUUUGGAAAGUUGCAAUAAUCUUAUAAAAAGUGCCGAUGAAGGAAUCUCUACAACAUCAUUGGAAGAGGAGAAGAGUAAACUUACCAGUGCUUGGAACGCUUUAAACAAACAGAUAGCAGAUCGUGAAAAACAAGUUUGUGCAUCGUUACAAGAACUUGGAAGUUACACUGAUGCACAUAACGCACUUGUUGUAUGGCUACAAGAUACCGAAGAAUCACUGCAGAACCAACGACCGCCCUCUAUCGAAUACAAAGUCGUUAAAGAACAAACUCGAGCUAAUGAUAUUUUGCUAAAACACAUUGAAGAAAAGCAACAAACUGUCGAUGGUUUCAAAACAUUAAUUGAUAAAGUUAUAAAACUUAUAACAGAUGUUACGAAAUGUGAAAGACUGAGAGAGCAAGCAGAUAAUAUCACACAAAGAUACGCUAUGUUAGUCGAAAGUGUGCAAGAGAGACGUAGCUGCUUGCAUGAUGCGAUUGUUCUAACCAAGGAUUGGGCGCAAAUAUCUGGACCGUUCAAAACAUGGCUUGAAGUGACCGAGCGUGCAUUACAAGAACUUGGGCAGGUGCCAAUCGAUGAGGAAAAAUUUCAGCAGCAAAUUAAUUCACAUCAGAAAUUGCAAGAAAAUAUUCAAAUGAAACACACCGAUGUAGAGAAGAUGAUGCAGCUAAGUCCUCUUCUGGCAAGUUUAGCGUCUGACGAAGAAGCUGCCGAGUUGGAGACAAUGUUUAAAAACUAUAUGAUACGAUAUGAAAACUUGGGUAUAAGGGCUGCUGAAUGUGGAGUUUUAUUGCAACAGGUUGGUGAGGAAAUAACAAACUUUUUGCAACGAACCAACGUGCUAGCGAAUUGGUUAGGUAAGAUCGAGAAUGAUAUGGACAAGUUAGACACGAUUUCCAUCUAUCCAGAAGAGCUGAACGAGCAAAGUGCUUUGCUUGCCGAUUUGGCAAUAGAGAUAACGAAACAGGAAGCUCUGGUCUCGAUGGUUGUUGAAGACGGUCAUGAAUUAUGUAGACAAACAACCGGCGAUGAAGCAGUUGCCCUCCAAAAUCGUAUAGAAACAUUACGUGCACGCUAUCUUGAUUUAACUGCUGUGACGGAUGCCAAAAUUGCUAUUUUGAGUGAAGCUUUACCACUGUCGGAGAAAUUCCAUGAUGGCUAUGAUAUUAUACAGCAGUGGAUGGAUGCUGUAGAACAAGAUUUGCAGACUGUUGAUCAGACUCCACUUGAAACUCAAGUGACAAUAUUAGCUCAAAUGGAAGAUGAUUUGACGAAGUGGCGUACUGAUGUUGAGAAAAUUAGCGUUAUCUCAAAACAGCUUCAGAAUCUCGUCUGUUUCAGAGCGGAUGAACUGGAAAUACAGACCGAUGAUAUGAAGCGCAAAUUUAAUCACCUUGCUGAGCAGAUUACGCGUAAAAGUGAUAAACUAACGUCGGUCGAGAAGCAAAGUCGACAAGUUUUGGAUGAAUUAGAUUAUCUUAAUGAAUGGUUUGCUGAUGCUCAUGAACGUUUAAUGCAGAGUGCAGCACCAGAAGUUGAUCCAGACUAUGUUAAAAAGCAGCUCAAAAAUCAAAAACAAAUGAACGAAGAUAUUGCAGUGAUGAAAGCGCGAUUGCGAGAUGCAAUUGCAGAUGCACAUAAAGUUGUCCGUGCUUUGGGUGAUGAGGCCAAUGGUCAAGAUUUAUUAUUGGAAAGCAAAAUUGAGACUGGUCGAACUCUAUCUGUUGAUGUAGCUCAGUUGGGUAGCGAAAGGUUGGGUAAAUUGGAACAAGCGCUGGCAUUAUGUCUUGAAAUCGAUCAGUCAUUUGGUGAAAUGCAUUCCUGGUUAGAAAGUAUGGAAAAUGAGAUUGAAAACUGUCCACCUGUUACAACAGGACAUCAACGAGACCAUUUGAUGCAGCAACAAGUUCACAAUACUAAAUUACAACAUUCGAUUAUAUCACACAAAUCUUUAAUGGAUCGUUUUCACAAGAAUGUCUGUGCUUUGAGCGAAUUAUGUGGUCCAGAAGAUGAAAUACAGCUUCAAAAAAUAGCUGAGGGCUUAGAUGAACGAUUCUUCGCUGCUCGAGAUGCCGUUCGUCAACGAGCUGAGGCUCUUGAAACCGCAAUUGAGCACGAUAGUCAAUUCACGGAUAGAUUGGAUAUUGUCGUGGCGAAUUUAGAUGGUGUUGCCAUGCAGAUUCGAAAUCCGGAGCCAAUACUAGCCGAUCCAGAGCGUAUCAAAUCAGAAAUCAUGGAUAAUCGUUCUCUAAUGGAACAGCUUAAACAUAAAGAAAGUAUACUGAGAUCAGUGAAGGAAAAUGCUCAUGAGAUUCUGGUUCAGGCAAAAGCAAAUGAUACUGGAGCUGCAGAAAUCGGUAUUAAAAUCAAAGAACUUGAUGCCUUGUGGGAAGAACUAAUGGAAGGUGUAACGACAAGAGAAAAUGUAUUGGAAGAUACGUUAGCUAAAGCAGAACAUUUUUGGUACGAAUUGAAGUUUCAUCAGAAAGCGAUUAAUGAAUUGCGUUUGCGCAUUGAAGGAAUACAGCCAGCCCUUGGAGAGCCAACAACCAUUGAGCAGCAGCAAAACAUCCUCUUAUUAAUUAAAAGUGAGACGCUAGACAUGAAGCCCGAAGUUAUGGAUAAAUUGCAUACCGCUGGACGUGAUCUUUGUAAUAUGGUUGCCGAGGAAGAAAAAGCUCAUAUAGAACAGCAAAUGAAUGAAAUUGAAGGAAACUGGAUUAUGGUAACUGGUAUGUGCGAACGAAAAGAAUCAGAUUUGCUUGAUGCCAUGGAGAAAGCAAUGGAAUUCCAUCAUUUAUUAACGAAGCUGAUAAAUUGGAUAGAAGAAACGGAAGCUGAAGUAUUCAAGUUAUAUUCUGGUACUGGCUCAUCAUCGAGUGAUGUUAGAAAUGAGCUUGCUGCUCUGAGUGAUUUACGUUCGUUACUGGACGAAAAAGCUUUGGAGAAAGAACAGUUGAAUCAGUUAUGUGCAAGCCUUUGCGUUGGUAGUACUGCCCAACAGUCUGCAAGCAUCAGAACUUCAAACAAUGACCUCAGUACUCGCUGGAAUCGAUUAUACUCAUUGUUGAACGAACGUCAACAGAAAAUGGAAAAAGCGUUGUUAGAAAUGGGACAGUUUUCACAGGCAUAUGAACAACUGUUGAUGUGGAUCGAGAAAAAGCAACAUAUUUUGGAUGACAUUAAUUCUCGGCCAGUCAGUCUCAAGGAAGCGGAAGUAGAGGUUUACAAACAUAAAGUAAUACAAAAUGAAAUUCUAAUACAUGAAGCAAGCUUAGAUACUUUGAACACUGCUGCUAAACGUAUCAUUGCUGCUGAUCCGAACAGUGCAACCUCAACGCAGCCUAUGAUCGAUAAGUUGAACUCAAACUGGCAUAUGUUGGUCGAUAAAUUGGAGGAUGUUUGGGUGCAGUUGGAUGAUGCUCGGAAAGUCGCUGAAAAUCUAGGCAUUGAAGUGGAUCGUUGGUCUAUGUGGCUUCAAGAUAAAGAUGCGGAUUUGUCUCAUAUAAAACCAACAGGUGGUUUGCCAGAAACCGCGCAAGCACAACUUGAUGAUUUCUUUGUUUUAAAGGCCGAAAUUGAACAGAAUCGACCUUCACUAGAAGCUCAUUUGGAAACAGCAACGAAGUAUCUAUCUGAUGGUGAUCGGGAUUCAUGGAUUGCUCAACGGGGAGCGCAGCUGAAUAAAAAGUGGGUUCAGGUGCAAGACAAGAUUGGUGAUAGAGAGCAAAAGUUGAGAAUUGCAUUGACAGAAGCUGAACAACUUCAUUCUUCUAUGGCGGAAAUGAAUGACUGGUUAAAUUCAGCAGAAAGCUAUUUAGGUUGUUUGGAACACAUAUCGAGGAUUCCUGAUACUGUAGAAAAACAAAUGAAUGAACAUACGAAAUUCCAAGCUGAGGUGGCACACUACCGGGAAUUAAUGAGUGGUUUGAACAGCAAAGGCACCAAAUUGCAAUAUUAUUGCGAAAAAAAAGAUGCGAUACCAAUUAAGAACUUGCUUGUUUCUGCUAAACAUCGUUUCGACAAAGUUGCUUCGAGAUGUGCCGAUAGAAUGAAACAAUUAGAUCUCGCAUUACAGGAAGCACGAUAUUACUUCGAGUCACAUGCUCAAGUAAUCGACUCGAUAACUUCAAGCCUUAAAUGGAUUGAUGAUCAGUAUGCGCAGACGGCAUGUGGUGAUCGGUUGCGAACUGACCUGGCGAAGCAUCGGAAAUUCCAACAUGAACUGAUGGAACGACAAGCAGUAUAUGAGACAAUAUAUAAACGUGGUAAGACACUUUCGGAGCAUGCGCCACGUGAAGAACAAGCCGAAAUCGAUUUAAUGAAUGGAUUGUUGAAGGAAAGAUGGACUCAACUUGUUAAUGCUACACUGCAGAAACAGCGGUCAAUCGAAGAUGCGUUGUUGACAUGUGGACAGUUUGAUGAGGCCUUGUCCUCACUUCGAGAAUGGCUCGAAAAGUCGUUGCCUAUUUUGCAGAAUAUUGAAACCAUUUCGGUAUAUGGUGAUUUGGAGACAGUAAGCAAAUUACUCGAUAAACAUAAAGAAUUAAUGGAUCAAAUAUAUGCUCAUCGAGAUACGUUGAAUUCAGUGAAGGAGCAUGCGCAGCAGAUGUUAGGAAAAGAAACGGAUGAUUCCCUGAAUGAUCUGAAGGAGAAGGUGGAGAAAGUUAAUGAGGACUGGGUGCUUCUACAGGAACUAGCAAAAAAAAGAGAGGAACAACUGAAAAUUGCUUACGAUACUGCCAGAAACUUCAGUGAUGAAAUUCACGAUUUUUUAGAUUUUCUACCGAAGAUUGAAGCAAGGUUAAAAACAAAGAAUCAAACUGAAGGUGAAAACGAAAUUCUGGAACAAAUGGAUGAAGUGGCACAGCUGCUUAAAGAAAUGGAUGAUAAAAGGAUAUUAAUGCAAUCCAUCAAGAAAACUGGGGAAGAUAUACAUUCCAAAUGUCAUCCGUCUGCGGAACAACCAAUGAAAUAUUGGUUAAAAGUGUUGCAAAAUCGAUGGGAUGAAGUAAUGAAUGCGAUCGAUAACAGAAGAGAUGAUUUGGAAAUGCAGCUCAGGGAACUUCGUGCGAGAGAGAAAAUGAUUGCUGAAUUGUUGAAAUACAUUGAAGAAAAAAGUACUGAAUUGAGGAUGAUAAAUGGGAGAUCAUUGCCUCAGGAAAUAGAUGCUCUUAACAGAUUUAUUGAGGACCACGAACAAUUCGAGAAAAAUUUACGGGAAAAACAAGGAAUGGUUGAUGAAGCAACAAGAAGUCAACGAAAGCUGUUUGCUGUAGAAGAAAAAGUGAAAAAGAAAGGUGUCAAAACACUACAAAGGCAUGAACAUCCUAUACAGCAUCCUAAAUCCGACCAGCUCUCCAGUAGAUGGAAAAAACUAUGGAUAGAUUCAAUGGAUUAUGGUCGCCAUUUACGCGAGAUGAAAGAUUAUUUGGAGGAGGUGAAAAGAUUGGAGUCAUUCUCAUUCGAGCAGUGGCGUGAACGGUAUUUAGAAUGGACUGAUUCUGGAAAAGCUCGGAUUUCCGAUCUAUUUAGAAGAAUUGAUAAAAGUGGAACUGGACGAGUGCCACGAGCUUCUUUCAUUGAUGGUAUCAUAGCAUCUAAAUUUCCUACUACUCGACUAGAAAUGGAGAAAGUUGCGGAUGAGUUUGACAAAGGUGAUGGAAUGAUUGAUUCGAAAGAAUUUAUGGCAAAGCUUCGUUCCGAGUUUUCGAAAAAACUAUCGACAAAGCAGAAGACCGACAAUGAAAAGAUCACAGAAGAAGUUGUAAGGCAGACGGAAAGAUGUAACUGUAUUAAUCGAUAUAAGAUUCAGAAAGUGAGCGAUGGACAUUAUCGCUUCGGUGAAACGCAAAUUAAGCGUAUGGUCCGCAUUCUUCGAUCAACAGUUAUGGUUCGCGUAGGUGGUGGAUGGGUUGCUUUGGAAGAAUUUCUACAUAAACAUGAUCCUUGUCGUGCUAAAGGACGAACGAAUCUCGACUUGCAACGCAAUUUCUAUGACGAUGUUCGACCAAAAGAUGCGUACGAUACAAUAGAAACAUUUAUCAAGUCAGACAGAUCAACAUCAAGUCGUGAUUCGUCGAUUCGUCGCUUUCAGGAAUCAUUAUUGCAGUCUCGUUUCCAGGCAACUCCGGGUCCGAUUACAAAAAUCAGGGAAAAGACGGAGCGCAGUAUGCCGAUGUACGGUGCUGGACGUUCGUCAACGAUAUGCCGCAAUUCGCCACUUGAUAUGUCGAAAUCAAAUAGAAAAUCAACUGAAAUAAAUGGACAAGAUUCAAGAAUUAGGCAUCCAAAUGCUUCAAGCACUGUUUCACGCUCAGAAUCUCAUGGUGACAUGUUGGAUUUGUCACGACCACUAAGCCGAAGCUCAGAUGUUUCAGUAGACAGCGAUCGACCAACACGAAUACCUUCAUUACGUGGUCGGAAGGGCAUCAAUUAUCGAGCAUCAUCUGCACAAGCCAGUCCUCAACCACGUAUAUAA